AUGUACAUUGAAAGUGGAACUGCAUCCAAUUAUCUCUGUCUACCACAGAACCCUGAUUUUGAUAGUAAGAUCGAUCAAAAAUCGCCUUUUGCAAUGAUUUAUGGUGCCGAAUAUGAGACCCAUACCUUUGUAAGCGGACUAACGGAUAAAGAAGCUCCUUGUGCAGUAUGUCAAAUCCCUAGAUCAAAUGUCAUCAUGAUGCCUGGAAAAAAUAUUUGCUUGAAAAAUUAUAAAAUGGAAUAUCAUGGUUAUCUCAUGUCAGGUCAUCCUAAGCAUGUCGCUGCUUCAGAAUAUGUUUGUGUGGACGGAGAUCCAGAGGCAACAACAGAAUCACUCCCCAGUAAUCUUAAUGGUGUAUUGUUUUAUUUUGUAAAAGCUAAAUGUGGAUCGUUGAAAUGCCUUCCUUACAAGGACGGUGAAGUCCUUACCAGUGUAGUAUGUUCGUAUUCACCGUAA